AAUUUAAGACUGGAAGCAAGACUAUCCAGUUCAGAAUUUGGCAAAAAUCGACGAAUAACUCUGAACAAAAUGGCGAAAAUAGCGCUUUACAUCCUCCUACUGAUCAUCUUAUCUGCUAGUCUGUUUGAGUGCUCCCUUAAUCCCUAUAAAACUUUAUCAGUUUCGAAGUCAGCCUCUCAGCCGGAGAUAAAACGUGCUUACAAGAAGCUCGCCCGUGAAUGGCAUCCGGAUAAGAGUGACCACCCUGAUGCAUCUGAUAGGUUCAUCAAGAUUCAGCAAGCUUAUGAGAUCUUAUCUGACGAUGAAAAACGGAGAGAGUAUGAUCAAUUUGGGUCCAUCGAUCCUAAUGGCAGCCCACGCAGGCAACAGGAUCCAUUUGGGGAUCCCUUCUUCCAGCAGCAUUUUAAUGGCUUUGGUGGGGGCUUCGGCUUCCAGGAAUCUAGAAAUGAUGACCCUCGUAGAGUGACGCUUUCCAGGUUACAAGAUGGUAUCCUACCACAGAGCGGCAACAAACCCUACCUGAUAUUCGUGACUGGAAGCUUCUGCUUUAACUGCAUGAAUAUUGAGAGGAUAUGGUCGGAUAUUGCUCCAGAAAUCGAGUCAUGGGGCGUAGGUGUAGGAACGGUCAACAUUGACAGUGACCGCCGGCUGCCAUCUGUCCUAGGGAUUCGCCAUCGUCCAGCCAUUGCUGGUAUUAUUGAUGGUCAAGUGAAGGACUAUGGUCAGGGCGGUGUGACCUUGAAGGCCAUGAGGGACUUUGUAGAUCGAUUGGUGCCAAGCAGUCUGAUUCAAGAGGUCAACAAUAACAACUAUCAAGACUUCUUUGCUAACUUCUACAAUGAGAACAAACCCCGGGUCCUGCUGUAUUCCCAGAAACGAGACAUUCCCAUCAUCUUCAAGGUUGGCGCGUUGGCAUUCAGUGAGUACCAGACGUUUGGCUUUACCUCUUCCAAGUAUUCCAACACAAAUGAGGUUCUGAAGCAUGUCGGCAUGCAGCACAAGGCAGGAACGGUCUUGGUCUUUAAAGAGAAUAUCAAAGAGAAUGUGGAUAUGGUUGAGGAGAGACAUAUGACUGUGGAAUCACUGCAUCAUUUACUCAACUACAACAAGUAUCUCUCCUUUCCCAGACUCUCUUCUCAAACUAUCUUUGAAGAAAUGUGUCCUGAGUCUCCAUCAUUAGUAGGAAGAAAAUUAUGCAUCAUCCAGAUUACCAAGGCCACUCCAGAGCACGAGGCAUUCCGAGCUUCUUUCAGAAACAUGGUGAUGACUACGCCAUCUUGGCCACACCAAUCCAAGGUGACAUAUAUGCUGUUUGAAAGACAGGAGCAGGUAGCAGUGGCAAUGGAAGGCUUAGAGGUCGAAGUUCAACAUGCUGUUCCUGUUGCGGUCAUUUGGAGACAGCGAGGGAACCAGGUCCGGCUGGCCUGGCUACCCGAUGGCUGGGAGGGCCAAGAUAUCACCAUGGAACGAAGAGGGAUCAAGGAAUUCAUGUAUGGACUCAAUGAUGGAACUUCCAAGUUUACCCAUAAAGUGACCCUGCCACAGUUCAAUGAUGAAAACGCACCAGCGUGGCCAAUACAGAAGUUCAGGGAAUUAAUGCAAAAGAUGGCAGACAUGUUUAACUCAGCCUACAACUUCUUAUUCCGAUCAUCUUGGGAAAACAGUAGUCUUUUGAUGAUCAUCAUGUUUAUCUACAUGGGCUGCUUUGUCUUAGCAUUCCUUGGUCUCUUUGGCGGAGGAGGAAAAGAAGCAAAGGAAGCAAGCCAAGAAUAUGAUGCUAACCAAUCAAGAGAUCAUGCACCUCAUUCAGGAGGUGAACGAACUCAGCCUAGAGCUAGGCGGAGUUUUGUCCUAAAAGAGCUCAGCCAACGCGAGUACAGUAACUUAAUAGAAAGACAAAGGAAAUCUUGGCAUCUUAUCCUACUGGUCAACGAGUCUUCAAGAGAGUCACUCUGUCAACAGCUUUCCAAAGAACUUGGAAAUUAUCCAUUACGCUUGCCAUUAGAUUUUGUGCAGAUCGACAAGCAUAGGGGUUGGUAUCGCUCCUUAGUCCCAGGAAAGGAAGUCGGAACUGUUCUUGCCAUCCGCCCUUCCAAGAAACAUUACUGCAUUUUCAACCCCACCUCUUCUGCGAGUUCCUCUUUGGAUGGAGACUCUACUCUCCGGAAUCGUCAUCGUCCUGGCGAUAGCGGGGAAAUGGAUACAGAUUUUAUAGGUUUCAACGAUAGCGAUGAUGAGGGUAUGAUGAGGAAUGGAGUGGGAGUGAAUAUCUUUUACGGGUUUACGCUUUGGUUGGAUCGAUUACAGGACGGGGAGCUGCAGAAGGUCGAGGUACCAGACUGGCCAGAAAUGGAGUGAAUUCUGUUUGUUUUUUCUCAAAUGGAAAAUGUGUGUGCAAUGGAAAUGAUCAGCAUCCCAAGUGCAUAUAUAGUUUUGAAAAAAAUAUAUGUAUAUUGAAGAAUGAAAUAUUGUAUCACCAGGGGAGUAUUUCAUGACACAAAUGGUAUGUGAUUUUCACUGACUAUUUUGCUCUGAUCCAAUCAGAUGCAUGGAUUUUAGUAGCUUAUAACAAUGAGUUAGUGAAAGUCACUGACUAUUCAUUUCAUGAAAUUCUACCCAGAGCUUUGGGUGCUAUGGGUUUUACCAAACUUCAUGUAUGCUGAAUUGUGAUAACAUUCACACAGCUGUAGGAUUUUUGUUUUUGUCUUCUUGACGUGCUUGUACAUUGUAGCAGAUGGGUAGACAGUACAUUGUGUUGACCACAAUAUUGGGAGUUAAUAUUUGAAAAUGAUACUGGAUUUCAGAGGUAUUUGAGAUUCUGUGCAAGAUAUCUUUGAAACAAGGAUGUACAUGUAGGUGUUUAUAAGAUACCUAUUGGAAAUGCUGCAGGAUCUGUUUAUAUUGGUUAAAUGUUACAAACAUCUUUUUGUUUUAGCAGUUAACAUAUUUGUUCAGGGUUUUGCUUGGGUCUAUUCAUUGAAUCAAGUAACCAUAUAUAAUUUCUAUUUUUCCUGUUUGUAAUAAGAGUAAAAUGAAAAAAAGAUUUUGCAAAAUAUGAAAUGAAACUAAAAAUUAAUGACCAAUUUGGUACACUUCAGUAGGUUGUACUGAUUUUACUAUUCACAGAGAGCUUAUUUGGCUGUCGGUAAAGCGUCUCCCUUUGGAACCAAAGAUUGUGGGUUCGAGUCCACCCUGGGCGGAUGACUGGAGCCUAGGUUGAGUUGAAUUUGGCGCAACAAAAAUGUUGAAAUGUUUGAAAUUUUCAUCGCACCAAAUUCAAUUUUUGGAGCCGUUACGCGCCAACACACGCCAGUUAGGAGGCAGUUUGAGCGACUGCACGUCACUUGGCACGUUUUUGGCGACACUAGGUGCCGCAGUCGCUUUGCAUUGGCGUGAACUGGCGCUGGUCAGUAGACUUCUAGCAUAUAAGGGUAAAGUAUGACUGCCUGUACGUAUGUGUUUUAUCAUAGCAGAAAACUAUACAGUAGUUUCACUCCCCACGGCAAGACUUGUAUUCUUUUUCAAAUGCAUUUAUUUUUUUUCUUUAGCCAGAUGGUAAGAAUGAGGUGAGUGAAAAGAAGAUUACACCUUCCCUACUGCUAAUUAGUUUAAUGAUCAUUUACUAGUGAGAGUUUAUCGUGAUUUAUAUGAAAGAAUAUUCUAUUCCCAGUCAUAUUUUCUGUGAUAUACAUUCAUAUGCUCAAAUGAAUUGACGAAACAUUAUUUAAGAAAGUUAUUCUCCCUCUCAGUCAUUUUUGUUUUAGAAUUGAUAUCAAUACAAAACUUGUUGGUUUGACCACUCUUAGAAUAUGUUACACCAUUGAUACUUAUUGUUCAAUGGAGAAGUUCUUUUUUAUACAUGUAAAAUCUUUAAAAAAUCAAAUAGGUGAACUUUCAUUUAAAAUAAAAGAGAAAUAUUGAGUGUGUGACAUCACAGCCCCUCCUUUACAUACUGCCCAUGCAAUUAUUUUUUUAAAGAACAUUUUACAUUGAAUUUUGAUUAAAUUAAUUGUAUUGCUUGUUUUAUUCCAGAUGGAGUGUACAUGUGUUGGGAUAAAAAGUUAUAAUGACGACUUCUGCCAAAAAAAAGAGAAGAAUUACAAAAGCAAGUUUGUAAAUUGAUAUAUAUACCUCAAGUGAAAUUGGGUAUUGGGGGAAAUAAAGUAUUUAAAACAUAUUUGAGUAAUUU